GCGGGUGAAAGGUCGAGGGGGCGGAGCUAGUUAGCAUUGCGUCCACAACACGUUCAGAGUAGCGGAGAAGCUAAAACGAUUAAACAGUUUUAUUUUACAUUUAUAGGUUUAUAAUUCAGUUCUUCUACCGGGAGAGGAACAUGCCUACUUUUAACGGAAAACCGGACGUUACGUUUGAAGAAGAUGACUUGCCCUAUGAAGAGGAAAUCAUCAGGAAUCCAUAUUCAGUCAAGUGUUGGAUGCGCUACAUUGAACACAAGCAAAGUGGCUCCAAGUCAGUGCUUAAUAUGAUCUACGAGCGAGCGCUGAAGGAGCUACCUGGCAGUUACAAACUGUGGUACAACUAUUUGAGGGAGCGGAGGAAGCAGGUCAAGGGAAAAUGCGUAACAGAUCCCGCUUAUGAGGAAAUCAACAACUGCCAUGAGAGAGCACUGGUGUUUAUGCACAAGAUGCCGAGGAUAUGGCUGGAUUACUGUCAGUUCAUUGUGUCUCAGUGCAAAAUCACAAGGAGCCGUCGUACCUUCGACCGAGCGCUCAGAGCCCUACCCAUCACUCAGCAUUCCCGAAUCUGGCCUCUGUACCUCAAGUUUGCACGAAACUUACCUCUGCCUGAGACCGCCAUUCGCGUUUAUCGUAGAUACCUCAAGCUCUCUCCAGAGAACACAGAGGAGUACAUUGAUUACCUGCGCUCUGUAGGACGGCUGGAUGAGGCAGCAGUCCGGCUGGCAGCUGUGGUUAAUGAUGAAAGCUUUGUCUCGAAAGAAGGGAAGUCAAACUACCAGCUCUGGCACGAGCUGUGUGACCUCAUCUCCCAGAACCCAGACAAGGUGACCUCGCUGAAUGUGGGCGCCAUCAUUCGUGGCGGCCUCACCCGCUUCACGGACCAGUUAGGCAAGCUCUGGUGCUCCAUGGCUGACUACUACAUCCGCAGUGGCCACUUUGAGAAGGCUCGUGAUGUGUAUGAGGAGGCUAUACAAACAGUAGUCACUGUGAGAGACUUUACCCAGGUGUUUGACAGUUAUGCUCAGUUCGAGGAGAGUAUGAUCGCUGCCAAGAUGGAGACUACAUCGGAGAUCGGACAUGAUGAGGAUGAUGAUAUUGACCUGGAAUUGCGUUUGGCUCGUUUCGAGCAGCUGAUCACCCGCCGGCCACUCUUAUUAAACAGCGUGUUGCUCCGGCAAAACCCACACAAUGUUCACGAGUGGCACAAGAGAGUCAAGCUCUAUGAAGGCAAUCCUAGACAGAUAAUCAACACCUACACUGAGGCUGUGCAGACAGUGGAUCCCGUGAAAUCAACGGGGAAGCCCCACUCGCUUUGGGUCGCGUUCGCAAGGUUCUACGAGGAUAAUGAGCAGCUGGAAGAUGCCAGAACCAUAUUUGAGAAGGCCACCAAAGUGAACUAUAAGGUGGUAGAUGACCUGGCGGCAGUGUGGUGUGAGUACGGGGAGAUGGAACUGCGGCAUGAGAACUAUGACCAGGCACUGCGGAUCCUCAGGAAAGCCACAGCGAUCCCAGCAAGGAAAGCAGAGUACUUUGAUUCGUCAGAACCAGUGCAGAAUCGAGUGUAUAAAUCUUUGAAAGUUUGGUCGAUGUUGGCUGAUCUGGAAGAGAGUCUCGGCACGUUCCAGUCGACGAAGGCAGUGUAUGACCGCAUUAUCGACCUCCGCAUUGCAACUCCACAGAUCAUUAUAAACUAUGCCAUGUUCCUGGACGAACACAACUACUUUGAGGAGAGCUUCAAGGCAUACGAGCGUGGCAUUGCCCUCUUCAAGUGGCCCAACGUGUAUGACAUCUGGAACACGUAUCUCACCAAGUUCAUUGAUCGCUACGGAGGCAAGAAGCUGGAGAGAGCACGAGACCUGUUCGAGCAGGCUUUGGAUGGGUGUCCCUCCAAGUUUGCCAAAACCAUAUACCUGCUGUAUGCCAAGCUGGAGGAAGAGUACGGGCUGGCACGACAUGCCAUGGCUGUGUAUGAGAGAGCCACACAGGCUGUGGAGACAGAGGAACGCCUUCAAAUGUUCAACAUCUACAUCAAACGAGCUGCGGAAAUCUAUGGAGUCACCCACACCAGAGCCAUCUACCAGAAAGCCAUUGAGAUUCUUUCAGAUGAGCAUGCCAGGGACAUGUGUCUGCGCUUUGCUGACAUGGAGAGCAAACUGGGUGAGAUUGACCGAGCGAGAGCCAUCUAUUCCUUCUGCUCCCAGAUGUGUGAUCCCAGGAUGACUGCAAACUUCUGGCAGACAUGGAAGGAGUUUGAGAUUCGCCAUGGAAACGAGGACACCAUCCGCGAGAUGCUCAGGAUAAAGCGCAGCGUCCAGGCCACCUACAACACACAGGUCAACUUCAUGUCCUCACAGAUGCUCAAAGCAACCACAAGUGCCACAGGAACAAUAUCAGACCUGGCUCCUGGUCAGAGUGGUGUUGACGACAUGAAGAUGUUGGAGCAGAAGGCCCAACAGUUAGCUGCAGAAGCUGAGCAGGAUAAGGCCAAACCCAAAGACAAGAUACUGUUUGUCAGGAGUGACACCUCUCGGAGCGAACUGGCAGAACUCGCCAAACAGGCCAACCCAGACGAGAUUGACAUUGAUGAUGAUGAGGACGACGAAGAUGGAGAUGCAGAACCAGAUGAGGUGCAGCUGGAGCAGAAGAGCGUCCCCACUGCUGUCUUCGGAGGACUAAAGGAUGACUGAACUCUGAUCCCUGGGAUUCCUGAUUGAUUCAUCUUCUAAAAAAAAUAGACAAUAUUUUCAAAAUGUAAUUGACUGGUUUAAACUGGUUGACCUGCUGUAGAUUUUGUACGGUUGAGUUCGGGCAAGAUUCUCUAGUCUCUUUAUUUGCUGGUGUCCAGCAUUCGCUAAACACCAGUUUAGACCAAAAGAGGUCACUCUUUUCCCACAGUCACUGUUUAUCUCAAAACAUGUUGAUAGAUUUUAUUACCAGCACAUGGGUGGAGCUUAAAGUGUGAAAGUUCUGAAACUGUAGAUUGGAGUUCACACAUUAAUGCUUAUGUGGGUUUUGGCACUUUGUCAGGAAUAAAAUUUGUCAGUGUUUGUCCUUUUUUUACUGCAAA